AUGGCCGUACACGAUUACAUUGCAGCGCUCAACUGGGUCAAAGGAAACAUCGCUGCCUUUGGAGGAAGUAAUGAUAAGAUGGUGCUUUUUGGACAGAGUGCCGGGGCAGACGACAUCUUCGCAUUCUCUACGCUACUGCAGGCCAGGGGUCUCGUAUCAUCCGUUAUUCUAGAAUCGGGAGGCGAGCAAGACUUGACGCCGUACGAGACAGCCCAACUUGCCGGAUCCAGCUUUGCGGCGGCUUUGGGCUGCAGCGAAACAGACCUCCCUUGUAUGCAAGGCAAGUCCGUCAAAGAGCUCCAGGACGCGUUCCUGAACACUCAUGCUCUUCUUGACAGCCGUCUCAAUGGCGCCGAGCUUGGUACGGUUCUGGGAGUCAACUUACCAAAUAUCACUUUCUUGAGUUCUGUAAUCUAG